CAGGAGGAGGAGACUGCAGCUUAACACAGUGAGUGAUUUUGGGAAAUGGGGCAAUGCAGCGUUCAGAAUUGUUUCACCUUAGGGCUGAGGUUGCCGGACUACACUAAAUCUUGAGAUUUGUUGGUUGAAGUCCAUGCAGGUGAGAAUUCCUCAGCACUUCUGGACUGCCACCUGUAAGAACAGCAAGGUUUUCAGUGCUUCUAGGAGGAAAAAGUCUGCAGAUACAGAGUUGAAGAUCCUGGUUGGUCAGAGUUAUAUUUUGAGGGGUAUGGGUGAGGAAAUGAUAACUUCCGAUUCAAGUGAAGACAACUUUCAGAUUCCUUAGCCUCCAGCUCAACUCCAUGAACCAUCACCGUUCUUGAACAAAUCACACAUCGUGUCUUACCUGCAUCGAUACUGGGACAUCAUUUUUCAUGGCAGCUUUUCAGACCACUCCAUGGAGAUUGAUUUCUUGGAUCUUAGGAAUAAUGUGCAUUUCGUUGCUGGCUACUUUGGGAAUUUUGUUGAAAAAUUUAUUUACUAAACCAAGUAUUGAGCCAACAAUCUCUCCCAGACUCAACACAGAACGCCAGCAAGGCUCUGACUGCUGUUCUUGCCAAGAAAGGUGGAUUGGGUAUCAAUGCAACUGUUACUUCAUUUCUAAUGAAUUAAAAACUUGGGCAGACAGUAAGGAUUUCUGUAUUUCUAAAAAUUCCAGUCUACUUCAGAUACAAAAUGAAGAUGAGCUGCAGCGCUUUAUGAAGUACAGUAAAAAUUUUUACUGGAUUGGACUCUCGUACAGUGAAGAACAUCACACCUGGUUAUGGGAGAAUGGCUCUGCUGUCUCCCCAAAUCUAUUUCCAUUCCCUCAAACUGCAAAUCCAAAGAACUGCAUAGCAUAUAGCCCAAGCAACAGUAUUUUGGAUGAAGACUGCCAAGGGGAAAAUCGUUACAUCUGUAAGCAACAGCUUACUUAGGUAUUUCUUGGAACAAAAGGGGUGGUCAAUGAAAAUCUAGAAUUCCUUAGAAUGGUACUGUUCCCUCUUACAUGAGUAGUAAUCACCUAUUGCUGGCAUCUGUAAAAUGUUUCAAACUAUGUUGUAUCAUCCAUUUUUUCUUUAUUUGAAACUGUGUGUUUUAAAAUUGAUGAGAUUUGUGCACCUACACUUGAAAUUAUAAAGUGCUAAGAUAAAGAAUUUCAUGAAUAUUUUGAUUUAAUGCAUAUGUUUAGUGUGAAAUUGAAUAAAGAUUUAUGCAUA